AUGGCCGACUUUGACCCCUUCGACUCUGCCCUCGACCUCCUUCGGCGCCUCAACCCCAAGCACACGGCCGACCACCUCAACGCCAUCAUCUCCCUCGCCCCAGACUUGACGGAAGACCUCCUCUCCUCCGUCGACCAGCCCCUGACCGUGAGACGCUGCAAGCAGUCCGGCCGGGAGUAUCUCUUGUGCGACUACAACCGCGACGGGGACAGCUACCGGUCCCCGUGGUCGAAUCAGUUUGAUCCGCCUCUUGACGAAGGCGGGCCGGGGGGUGUCGGCGCGGCCGGAAGCGAGGGCGCUGGCGAGGGAGCAAUCCCGAGCGAAAGAGUGAGGAAGAUGGAAGUCAAGGCCAAUGAGGCGUUUGACAUCUACCGGGAUCUGUAUUACGAAGGCGGCGUCAGCAGCGUAUACUUUUGGAACCUGGAUGACGGCUUCGCCGGAGUGGUUCUUUUGAAAAAGUCAGCUACACCAGGUCGCACCACUGAGGGCGUCUGGGACUCUAUCCACGUCUUCGAGGCCAUUGAGCGGGGACGAACGACGCAUUACAAGCUCACUUCGACAGUCAUCCUCUCGCUCUCGACGGCGGACACUAGCCUGGGGGACAUGGACCUCAGCGGCAACAUGACGCGGCAGGUGGAGCAGGACCUCCCGGUGGACACGGACGACAGCCACAUCGCCAACGUCGGCCGCCUGGUGGAGGACAUGGAGCUCAAGAUGCGCAAUCUACUGCAGGAGGUCUACUUCGGCAAGGCCAAGGAUGUGGUGGGCGACCUGCGGAGCGUGGGAAGCUUGAGCGACGGGGCACGGGACCGCGAGGCGCAGCGGGAACUCAUCGGCAGCAUGCGGAGGUAG